UUCCAUCCUUCUCUUCCCGUUCCACACUGCAGAGGGUCUGCGUGUUAUUCGCUUUGAGCGGUGUGUCGUUUCCCACCCGAGAGAAAACUAAUCACAUACUGAGAUGCCUCCGAAGAAGGCGGGCGAUGGACCAAAGCAGGCACCCCUGAUCGGCCGCUUUGGCACCUCUCUGAAGAUUGGAAUAGUCGGGUUGCCAAAUGUCGGGAAAUCAACCUUUUUCAAUGUGCUCACGAAGAGCCAGGCUGCUGCAGAAAAUUUCCCAUUCUGCACCAUUGACCCAAAUGAGAGCAGGGUGCCUGUUCCUGAUGAGCGCUUUGACUUCCUCUGCCAAUUCCACAAGCCUGCCAGUAAAGUUCCAGCCUUCCUGAACGUGGUGGACAUUGCUGGACUGGUGAAGGGGGCACAUGCUGGCCAGGGCUUGGGGAACGCCUUCCUGUCCCACAUCAGUGCCUGUGAUGGCAUCUUUCACAUGACCCGUGCAUUUGAAGAUGAGGAUAUCAUUCACGUUGAGGGGAACGUUGACCCAGUGAGGGACAUUGAAAUCAUCCAUGAGGAGCUGCGCCUGAAGGAUGAGGAGAUGAUCGGGCCCAUCAUUGACAAGUUGGAGAAGACCGCGAUAAGGGGUGGAGACAAGAAGCUCAAGCCUGAAUAUGACAUAAUGUGCAAAAUUAAAAACUGGGUAGUGGAUGAAAAGAAACAUGUCCGCUACUGUCACGACUGGAAUGACAAAGAGAUUGAUGUGUUGAACAAAUACUUGUUCCUGACAUCCAAGCCGAUGAUUUACCUUGUCAACCUGUCAGAGAAGGAUUACAUCAGGAAAAAGAACAAGUGGUUGGUGAAGAUUAAGGAGUGGGUGGACAGCCAUGAUCCAGGAGCACUGGUCAUCCCCUUCAGUGGGGGCCUGGAGAACAAGCUGCAAGACAUGAGUGAAGAGGAGAGACAGAAGUACUGCGAGGAGCACAAGACCCAGAGUAUACUGACGAAGAUUAUCAAGAGUGGCUAUUCAGCCCUGCAGCUGGAAUACUUUUUCACCGCCGGCCCAGAUGAGGUGCGCGCGUGGACCAUCAGGAAAGGCACCAAGGCUCCGCAAGCUGCCGGCAAGAUCCACACAGAUUUUGAGAAGGGCUUCAUAAUGGCCGAAGUGAUGAAGUUCCAGGACUUUAAAGAGGAAGGUAGUGAAAACGCUGUCAAGGCUGCUGGAAAAUACAGACAACAAGGCAGAAAUUAUGUUGUGGAAGAUGGAGACAUUAUCUUUUUCAAAUUCAACGCACCUAACCAGCCCAAGAAGAAGUGAUGUGAGAGGUUGGCUCUGGUCAACCGGAUGAACUGCACUGUAAGCGAAGUGGCGCUGUUUGUUUUAAAUAGAGUGAAACAGGGUUGUUUGAUCGCUCCCUACAGAGGGGAACUAGCCUCCUUCCUGUCUGUUGGGUUGGUUGGUUGGUUGGGUGGGAGGACCACCCUUCCCCAUUCCGACUGCUGCCACCACUAUCCAACACCUUUCAAAAAAAAAAAACACACACAAAUCACAGAAGUCCACUAAAUACUGACAGCUUUGCUAUUUAAGGUUAGGAUUCCCCCCCCCCCCCCCCCCCCCGGAACAGGGGGUGCUUCUGAAGAAGUGUAUUACCCUCCAGAUACUUCAUUAAUCUCCAUCACGAGUGCCAGCCCCGACACAGCUGACAGCGAGGACAAUGCAUCCAGCUUCUCUCUUCACCAUCUUCCGAUAAUGCAUGUUUUACAGUAGCCCAGAUGUCCACACUCAAUAAAACAUUGGCCAAAACGA